GGAUCGGUAACACCGAACGUCCAAGAUAUUGCUAGAUAUUUAAGAGCGUGCCUCGUAAGGAAAUCAGUCAUACCCGAAGGCAAAUUUGAGUUUUCCACAGAUACUUCAACUAGAUUCCCACAACAAUCUCCUCUGUGAUCUUGAGUCUUCCAUCGGCUUGAAUCUAUCAAACUGUGGCUUUUAUUUCUGAGAUUGUUCCCCGUGUUAAAAGCUGUUACUUGUUAAAAUGACAUCGGGGUCUCAACUUACACCAUGUACAAACUCCCUUUGCGAGGUACAUGAUACAAGCGCGGAAGAGGUUUCACUGCAUCCUUCACACGGUAAUGCCAUCCAUUCUUCAGAAAAUGAAAAGCAGGCCUCAGAGUUACUUGCCACUGGGCAUGAUUUCAACAAUGGUAAUCCAUCACUCUCAAAUUGGUCAAUUGAUCCUCAGAAUCCAACAAACUGGUCUUCUACGCGCAAAUGGACAACUAUAAUUCUGCUCGUUGUCACAAACUUCAUAGCAUCAACAUGUACCUCAGCAUUCGAGCCGGCGCUCCCCUCCAUAAUGGCUGAUUUUCACUCUACCAAUGGCUCAAUUGCCUCUCUCACCAUCUCUAUCUACACUAUAGGCUACUGUCUGGGACCUCUUCUCAUCGCUCCAAUAAGUGAAUUAUACGGACAUGUGACUGUGCUAUACCCUGGAUACAUUGGCUUUAUGUUAGCUCUAGCUGUUUGUGGUUCAAGCAAGAGUCUUCCUUUAUUUGUCGUAUUCCGUGCUAUUAUGGGUCUUGCGGCUAUCACGUUCGUACUUAUGGGUCCUGCAAUUGUGGCGGAUCUUAUUCCCAGGGAACAAAGAGGAUUGGCAUUGAGUAUUAUGUCUACGGGGCCUGUUGUUGGGCCAACGAUUGGUCCUAUCAUCGGUGGUUAUAUCGUGGAAAGCAUCAGUUGGAGAUGGAUUUUCUACUCAACAUUGAUUGCUUUUGGUGUUUUGUUCUCUCUAUCUCUCAUCAUUCUAAAAGAGACUUAUGCACCAGUAGUCUUAAGCCGGAAGCAAAAUAAUGAUAGGAAAGACCUACCCACAAGUCAAAAGAUCACAAACCCAGGAAAUCCUCGAGAAACUCUUCAAGCAGCCUGGAACCGACCCUUCAAAAUGCUCUUCCUUUCUCCCAUCGUUCCCUUUGUAGGCUUCUACAGCGCCCUCAGUAACGCCUACGGAAUGGUAUGUUUCGCGACCCUCGGCACCGUCUUUCAAGACAACUACUCUUUUGCACCCGGAGAAAGCGGUUUAGCAUAUCUCGGUCUCAUGUUUGGCUUCCUCUUCUCUCAACUAACCUUUGCCCGAUUUUCCGACCGUUAUAUGCUUAAGAUGGAAGCUAAAAAUAACAACAAGCGCCCGGAAUAUCGUCUCCCACCCAUGUUCAUCGGUGCAUUUCUCCUACCCAUCGGAUUUUUCUGGUACGGAUGGUCUCUUGAAUAUCACACCCAUUGGAUCGUUCCUAUUCUUGGAAGUAUGGUUAUUGCGGUUGGUAUUCUAUUUAGCUAUCUGCCAGUACAGAUGUAUCUUGUGGACACAUAUACUAUCUAUGCUGCGAGCGCUACUGGAGCAUGUACCAUCAUCCGCUCGAUCUGUUCAACUUUGAUCCCCUUGAGUGCUAAUCCUCUGUAUGAUCAUUUGGGGUAUGGAUGGGGUAAUAGUGUUUUGGCGUUCAUUGCGAUAGGAUUUGUGCCGAUUGCUUUGCUAGUGUUGAGAUAUGGGGAGAGAAUUAGAACGAAUCCACGCUUUCAACCGAAGCUCUGAUGUGGAAUCUUGGGAGACAUUAAUUGUCAGAUAUUCAUGACUUAUUAAGAGCGAACAAUGCGAAGAAACUUUGGGGGUCCAUUUACUUUCAAAGAGUUGACGAGAAGCCAGGCGGCACUUAAUUAGAUA